AGGAAGCUUGUUUCAUAGCAGUGCCUUAUGGUAUGUAUUUAGGCUUUAGCUGAUUCUCUUGUUUUCUCCUUUUUCUCCAGAAACGACACAAAUCAUUAGCGUGUGUGGAACUGUGGAUAUAGCAGGUUGACAACAUUUCCAUUCUUCUGCAUCAAACAAGCAGCUCUACAGUUAGAUGAACUAAAACGCAGUGCAAACCUUUUUCAAAACCAUUCUGCAUGAACUCAAUAGCAGCAUGGGUUGAGGGAAUUUCUUCUUAAGACUAUAGAUAUGAUACAUUCAUAUGACUCUGGAUUCUGCAGUCAGAUCUGAAUGCAAAAAUGCCUAACAUCAAUAACAACAAUGCAUUCGGGACACAGUCAAGAAUCCAAAGCCCUUCAAGGCAGCGCGUUUCACGCAAGAAACAGAGGAUCGGUCAAGGCUCUGGAGAACACUCUACAGCCAGCUUGACCAAGAGUCAAAGCAGCAAGGCCAUUGCUAAUACCUGGAUGCACAAUGAGUCGUUAGAUGCUACCAUCCCACUUCCAAAGCUGUCCUUCAUCACCUCGGCAUUCCUUGUUGCCGUAUUAAGCAUUGUGACUUACUGGAACAGUUGCCAUGGGGAUUUUGUCUUUGACGACCUGGAGGCGAUUGUAAAGAACCAGGAUGUGAAGCUGGAGACUCCGCUCUGGAACAUCUUCCAGCAUGACUUCUGGGGCCAAGCCAUUGAGCUGAAGGAGAGCCAUAAGUCCUACAGACCUCUGACUAUUGUCACCUUUAGGACCAACUACUUUGCUGGAGGCCUACAUCCAUGGGGCUUCCAUCUAGUGAACAUACUCCUCCAUGCCACAGUGAGUGUGUUGGUACUACCUGUGUCCUCAGCACUUCUCACAGUAGUGACAGAUGUUGGGAAAGGGGGUGAUGAGGGGUUCCUGGAAUGUCCAAGAGCCAGCCUCUUGUGUGCAAUACUCUUUGCUGUCCAUCCGAUUCAUACUGAAAAUGUUGCUGGUAUUGUUGGACGAGCAGAUCUUUUAUGUGCCUUGUUCUUCUUCAUGUCUUUCCUCUUGUAUACCACUGUUUGCAAAAGUGAUUCAUCUUGCCUCGAUUCAACUCCUCUGUAUUCAUAUCUUUGUCUUGUACUGAGCAUGGUAUUAUGUGCCGUGGCCAUGCUCUGCAAAGAACAAGGCAUAACAGUUAUAGGUAUCUGUAGUGUGUAUGACAUCAUCAUCAACUGUGGGAUAGACCCAAUCCCAGCAUUCUCUACCAUCUACACAACUCUGAAGUGCCAUCAUGUGUUGCCGUCCAUACAGCUUGCUGUCCAUUCUCCAGAACUAAGAUGGCUCAGGAGAUUAUUACUCAGACACCUUGUUCUUUUCAUCUCUGCUAUUAUACUCCUACUCACAAGAUUUUUCAUCAUGGGUAGUGGGGUUCCAUCCUUUCAAGAAGUUGACAAUCCUGCAUCAUUUCUUGAUAAUGUCUGGAUGAGGAUGAUUAACUACAGCUACGUCUACUCCUUGAAUGCCUGGCUCCUGCUCAACCCCUGGUGGUUGUGUUUUGAUUGGUCAAUGGGUUGUGUCCCCGUCAUCCAAACACCCCUUGAUCCCAGAGUGGUUGCUCCCAUUGUCUUCUGGAUCAUAAUGGGUGUCAUUGUCUUCUAUUGCCUAUUUGGAUCAGACCAUUAUGAGAAAAGACUUCUGACUGUUUCCAUUUCUGUGGUGAUCAUCCCUUUCCUCCCAGCAUCCAACUUCUUCUUCAGGGUUGGGUUUGUGAUUGCUGAACGGGUCCUCUACUUACCAAGUCUGGGAUUCUGUUUACUGGUCGUCAUGGGAACCAGACAUCUGUGUCUCAAUGGGACCUCUAUCAUGAAGAGAGCCUUGCAGGUUCUCCUCCUUGUUGUUGUUGUCUGUCACAUGACUCGCUGUUACCAUAGAAACAGUGAAUGGUCAACUGAGAGAAGGCUGUACCGAUCUGGGCUAAAAGUAUGUCCAGGAAACGCUAAGGUUCACUAUAACAUUGGCAAGAGUGCAGCCGAUGCAGGUCAUACACAAGAAGCUAUAGAUGCAUACAGAGAGGCUAUUAGGUUGCAUCCUGAUUAUGACCAGGCCUUGAAUAAUCUAGGUAACAUCUUAAGAGACUUGAAUCAGACACAGGAGGCAGAGAUGCUCAUCUCGAAAGCUGUUAAAAUCAGACCGACCUUUGCAGCAGCCUGGAUGAACCUUGGCAUCGUCCAGGCAACCCUGAAGAAGCACCGGGAAGCAGAGGUCAGCUACCUGACGGCUCUCAAACAUCGUAAAAAUUAUCCAGAUUGCUUCUUCAACUUAGGAAACCUGUACUUAGUACUAGGAAACACAGACCAGGCACUGUCUGCAUGGCUGAAUGCUACGUCACUGCUUAACACUCACGCUGAAGCCUGGAGUAAUACCCUACUACUGCUUGAUAACUUAGGUCAGUAUAAUACUGCUGUAUCUGUAGGACAGGAGGCCCUGAAGCAUGUGAAGGAAGAUCCAUCUAUCUACUAUGCCAUGGGCAAUGUCUUGGGCAAGAUGGAGCGAUAUAAGGAAGCUGAAGAGAUGUACCUGCAAGCCAUCCAUUACAAACCGAAUGUGGCUCGUUACCAUGGCAACCUAGGUGUCCUCUAUCACCGGUGGGGAAAGCUUGAGGAGGCCUACCACCAAUACCAGAGGUCGUUGACCCUUGAUCCUGCUUCAGAGGUCAUGGAAGAGAAUCUGAGAAAGCUAGGGAGGAAGCUGAAGAAGAAGCAGACUGUUUGACCCUUGACCCUUGACCCGGCUUCAGAAGUCACAGAAGAUAAUUUGAGAAAGCUGGCUAGGAAGCUGAAGAAGAAGCAGACUGUUUGACCCUGGACCCCGCUUCAGAGGUCAUGGAAGAGAAUUUGAGGAAGCUAGACAGGAAGCAAAAGAAGAAGCAGACUGUUUUAAUUCAAUGCUAAUAUAUCUUCAGGGUUUUAUGUGAAAUCAAACUUUUAUUUGAAAUGAAGGAAAAAAAGGUCUGACUUUCAAAAUUUGUAUGACCUGGCUUUCAGAAACUGAUUGUGAUGAGUAAAUACUUUCAUUUCUCUGGUCAAACACGAACCUUCCUGGUUCUAGAUGACAACGGAUGGCAUGAUGGAUCAAUGGUAGCUAGAGCAGUGGUCUCAUAUCUGGGAGGUCCCGGGCUUAAAACCAAGUCGACGCGCUAGUGCCCUUUGAUAAGGUAGUGAUCCUCAUUACCAGGUCCCUCAGGGUGGACCUAAAGCUGUCAGUCCCCUGGUUACUUUAUACAAGCAUACACAUGCUUUCUUAGCAGUCAGGAAAAACAAACAAACAAACAAACUUUGUCUCCUGAAAUAAUUGAAUAUAAUGUUGCUAGGGAAGAAAAGACACCUUGAACUUGUGCCUGGAUUAGCCACAGGAUUUAUUUAGAUUACAUACCGGUAGUUGUGCUAUAAGAGGUUAAGAUGCAAUAAAAUAACUAAAUCCAACUCACUUUAUUUUGCUGAAGAGUACAAGACCUAUAAGAAUAUACAUGUAUUUUUAUUUGAAAAAGAACCCCUUUAUUUUGCAGAAAACAUGUAAUGUAUUUCUAUAUUAAAAGUGAAAAUAGUUAUAAUUAAAUUAUCUAUAUUUUUAAACGUGUAUGUAGAUUCAUUAUUCUAAAUUUGGUGUAUGUUUAUGGUAUGAUGUUUUCACACAAUAUCAAUCAUUUCGCUAUAUUUCACACCGUACAACUAGAAUUUUUGGUGGAUUUGUCUUUUAUGGUUGAAAGUUACUGAUAAAAUUUCCAUGCAUGCUUUUACACUGAAAUAUGAUGCAGGAGGAAAUACUAUAAAGUGAAAUAUUGAAGGAAAAAAAAUGCCUCGGAAAUACAUAGAAGUAUCUCUUUGUGUACCUCGUCUCUGGAGUAUAAUGCAAUAUGUCAAGAAUAUUUUGAUGUAAACAUCUGGAUCAUUAGAUGUUUAAUCUAAUCUGGAUCAUUAUAGUGCCUUAUCCAUAUCCAUUUGUAUAUUGUAUUCCAGAUUAUUCCUGUGUGCUUAUAGUGUAUAUUUACAGUGAGUGUUUAAAUAUAUACUUAAUAUGAUAACUUAAGAUUUAGAUGCAAAAUAUACAGUACUGGUAAAAAAAACAAAAUAUAUUAUCCUUUCCUGUUUAUAACCUAUCCUAUCAAACAGAAAUUUGUUUUCAUUUUAAUAAGAAGUCUCCCUUCUUUAAUACCCACUCCCAUUCUCUCUAACUCUGGCUCUCUCACUCUCUCUCUCUCUCUCUCUCUCUCUCUCCUUCCCUCUAUCUCUCCCUCCGCCUCAAUUUCUUCCAUUUUUGUGUUUAACAUCAGAUAAUGAUUUAUCAGUGAAAAUUACUUAGGUGUUGUGCUUUAAAUUGCUAUUUCUGGUAUACAUGUACAUAAUAAUCCCACUCACAGUCUAUUUUUCUCAUCUUACUUUUUUGGUUGUUCGGUCAUCUCUCUUUCACACUCCCAGGUUAGCAUCUAUAUACUCUCAUUGAUUUUCUGUAUGAUCAUAUUCUUGUGAAACGGAUUAGUAUUAUUGAAAUUUGGUUGUGGUCGUGAUAUUCUCCAUUUUGCAUACUCAAGUUAUUGCUUGUAAAUCCAAAUAAUCAUGUAUUCAUGAAUACACAUACUUUAUAUAUGUGGAGAUGUUGUAGUAUAUUGGUUUGUUCACUAGACUCUGAAUCAAAGGGUUGGGGGUUCAAAUCUAACGUCCUUUUGUAAGACAUUAAUCUAUAUCUGUCGCUCUCUGCCCAGGUGUAGAUGGGCACCUAGACAUUGCUUGGGUAAUAAUAAUUGCAGGGCAUUCAGGAAGAACAGCAUUGGUGCUGAUGAGGCUUCCUUGGGCAAAUGAUAUUAAUGUACUGUUUGGAGCCAGAAGGGCGUUAUCUCAUAUACUUAAGUUUAACAGAGAGUCGAUGCCCUUCUGGCUCUGAACGGAUGAUUAUUAUUAUUAUUGAUAUUAUGUAAUCAUAAUUCAAAUAUUUAACAAUGCAUUUUGAUGUUUUAGUCUUUCUUUUCAACUGUACAUAGACAUGUACGUUCGGGGGAUUUACAGAAAUGUACUGAAAGGCCAGAAAUGUUGGGAAAAUAAAACUGAAGCAAAUUUUGCUAUGAAAUAACUUCAAU